AUGGCGUCUCCCCCCAAGCCCUGGGAGAGAGCUGGCGCUGGCGCCACAGCUGCGUCCCCUACUACCACAGCCUCCGCCCCUUCGAUCGCAACUUCGCCGACCGCGUCCACCACCUCAACGGCGCCGCCUCUUCCCGACCGACCGGCCUCCCUCUCCAGUACCGUGAAUCAAAACGCGGCCGCCUACUCCAGGAUGAACACUUCCCCCUACUCUUCAUAUGGCGGCGCAUACUCCUCUCCAUACUCAUCCAUGGGGAGCCCAUACUCGAGAUUUGGGGGCUAUGGUGGUGGCAUGGGCGGUGGCAUGUAUGGCGGAGGCAUGUACGGAGGCGGCAUGUACGGAGGUGGCAUGUAUGGAGGGAUGGGCGGCAUGCCCGGUGGUCCCAAUGACCCAAACAGCCUGACCAACAGCUUCAGCAACAGCACGGCCGCCACGUUCCAGAUGCUGGAAGGCAUUGUCGCCACAUUUGGCGGGUUUGCCCAGAUGCUGGAGAGCACAUACAUGGCUACGCAUUCAAGCUUCUUUGCAAUGAUCUCUGUUGCAGAGCAGUUCAGCCACCUACGUGACACUCUAGGAUCAAUUCUCGGAAUCUUCACACUCAUGCGUUGGAUCCGUACCCUUCUCGCCAAAAUCACGGGCCGACCGCCCCCAGCUGAUGCCACUGCUCUCACCCCAGCAGCAUUUGCUCGCUUCGAAGGCCGUGCCUCCGGCGCUGCUGAUGGUUCCGGAGCCACCCCGCGUGCCAGCAGGAAGCCCCUCCUGUUUUUCAUCGCUGCAGCCUUUGGCCUGCCAUAUCUCAUGUCCAAGUUGAUCAGGUCUCUGGCUGCGUCACAUGAGGAAGAGCAACAACGUCUUCAGCAACAGGCUCUACAGCAACAGCAGCCCAUCGAUCCGUCCAAGCUCGAAUUCUGCCGCCUUCUGUACGACUUCCUGCCCCAGCCCAACACUGGUGUCGAGCUUGAAGCUCGCAAGGGUGACCUAGUCGCUGUUCUGACCAAGAAUGACCCAACCGGAAACCCCAGCGAUUGGUGGCAGUGUCGGUCCCGCGAUGGCCGCCAGGGCUACCUUCCCUCCACUUAUCUUGAGUUGUUGAAGCGCCCGACCCAGGAUGUGAAGCAGAUCAAGUCAGCAGACGAUACUAGCAGGACAAGCUCACUGACGAGCGCAGCUGCUGAGGGGCAGAAGCAGAUCGAGAGCGAGGGCAAGAAGGAGUACACCACGGUUGAGGGCAUGCAAAGAAGUCAAUUCUACUCCUAG